UGUUGGUUUAGACUAGAGUCUUGUUCGCAGUCCACACGCGAGCGGCGAAACCUCGAAACCCCGGGCCCGGCGGAAGGAGAAUGGUCUCAUUUAUUUUAAAUAUAUGAAUACCCGGAAUGAUGUUACUCAGAAGUCUGUAGACGGCUAGUCUCUAACCAAAGCCUUUAAAGUAAAAAUGUGAAGGACGCGACUCCACUACAAGUCCAACUAUAUAUAUUUCCUCGAUGAUUACUAGAAUAAGGAGGCAUUUCAUACCUGUACAGUCCAUUUAAAUGCCGGCGACAUUAAAUUAUAGACAGGCAGUGUUCGGCCCUGGUCUUGCAUUAGUGCCUUCCAGACCACAAGCAUGUUGGAUGUAUGUAGUCUGCUGCCUGUUAUUUAUGUGUCACCGAUACUCUCACGCUAGUUUGGACUUCAAGUACCAUCGCACGGAUUUUCUGGAGACGUUUCUGAAAGACGUGCAUGCGAAUUUUUCAAGUAUCACUCAUCUUUACUCCAUCGGAAAGUCUGUGGAAGGACGGGAAUUGUCGGUUAUUGUAAUUGGAGAAACGCCUAAUGAACAUCGAAUUGGGAUUCCUGAGGUAAAAUACAUCGGAAACAUCCACGGAAACGAGCCUGUAAGUAGGGAGAUUCUGCUUCACUUGAUCGAAUACCUCGUCUCAAGCUAUCAAACUGAUACAAACAUCACCGACCUGAUCAAUAGCAUGCGGAUCCACAUCCUACCCUCGAUGAACCCAGAUGGGUUCGAAAUUUCGCGAGUUGGUAAAUGCAGUGGCACUCACGGACGAUAUAAUGCUAAUAAUACAGAUUUAAACCGAAAUUUUCCUGAACCUUUUGGAGGAAGAUUUUCACCUUUUGAACCAGAAACAGAGGCAGUGAUACGAUGGAUACACAGUGAACCAUUUGUGUUGUCUGCUAGUUUUCAUGGAGGAGCUGUACUGACAGCUUAUCCCUAUGAUAAUAACAAUCAAGGUAGCACCAACUACAGCCGGAGUCCGGAUGAUGACGUAUUUAAAUAUUUGGCAAAAACAUACUCCUUUAACCACAAAACCAUGUACAAAGGAAAUCUGUGCAAGAUGAAAUUCUUAGAUGGUGUGACAAAUGGAGCCAAGUGGUACAGCAUAGCAGGUGGAAUGCAAGACUACAAUUACGUGUGGGGGCAGUGCUUCGAGGUGACAGUAGAGCUGUCUUGUUGCAAGUAUCCACCGGCUGCACAACUACCACACUUCUGGGAUCAGAACAAAGCAUCACUCAUCGCCUUGCUCAAGCAAGCCCAUCUGGGAAUAAAGGGCAGAGUUCUGGAUCAAGAUAACAGCCCUGUUUCCAAAGCAAUUGUAAAUGUAUUUGGCAGGAAGAAUCUCAUCCCAUUUCAAACCAGUAAACUGGGAGAAUAUUAUAGACUUCUGGUACCUGGGGAGUACACACUUAUGGUUGAAGCCAAAGGUUUUAAACCUAUGAACAAGACAGUGGAUGUGUUUGAUGGAACAAGCUCAAGCUCAGCUGUUGUUUCUGACUUUAUACUUACAAAACUUGAUGAAAGUCAACAAACCUGAUCUAUUGUAGAACAUAGAUUUAAGUUAGUGCUGAGAGAUCUUAAAAAGUUCUAAUGCUUCACAACUGCUGAGUUGGAUCUGGGUCUCUAACAUGAGAAAGAAGCAAAGAAAAAAAGGAAACAAUCUGCUAAACCUGGCAAAAUGUAACUUAGAAUAAAGUGAUCAUUUCUUCCUCGAUUAAACAGAGAAUAUUUAGAUACAAAUGUGAGAAUUCUAUAACCAUGCAGGUGUAUACAUAACGUUUCAAGGCAUUACCACCCCUUGUUAAUCAAAUUUUACAAUAUAAUCAAAAUUAAACAAAGUCAAAUUUUAAUAAAAGUGUUCUGAAUCAUUUUUCGUGGUACAGGGUACUUGCUUUACUGCAAUUGGUCAAGUGCUUGAAUUUAUUUUUUAAAAUCAAUAUUACUGUCAUUGCUCACUGUGAUGUCAAGUCUGCUCAUGGUCUCCAGAGAUGCUGCCUGAUCUGCUGAGUUGCUCCUGCACUUUGUGUCUUAUUGGCUUCACAAAGCUCUGUAAUCGUGACCAUUGAUGGAUAAUAUAAUCUUGAUGGUCAGUGGGCCAGCCCUUGCAUUUUUGUUGACUACUGUCAAUUCCAAGGUUAUGAAAGGGUUCCAGUCCUGAGAACAGUUCAUAGCCCAAAUUUUUCCUAAAUUGUAAAUGAACAAAACAAUGCGUGGCAGAGGAUCACAGAAACAGCUUGGGUGGAGGGGAGAGCGAGCAGGCAUGGGGAGAGUGGUCGCCAGCCAGUCUCACUGACUCGUUGUGAGUGAGUGAUUGCUACUGCUCAGCACUGCCAGCUCUGCUCAGCUUCAUCCUUCCUUUGAUUGCUGUGGCUCGUUCAUUUGUACAGGUGUCCAUAAAUUGGGCAUUUGAAACUGGGCAGGGCCUAUAUCUGGGAUUAGGUAACACUAUCACAAAAUUUGCAGAACCUCUUAACACAUUUCUGGGCUAGAAUUCUAAAAUACUUUAGUAUGUGAAGCCACCUGGAAACCCCAAAAAUAAAUGCAUCUCCUUAAAAAUGAAACUGAAUAUGUCCGAAUACCACAAAUCAACAAUAAUAAUAAAACAAAGAAUUAUAGAUGCUGGAAUCUUAAGCAAAAAACAGAAAAGUGCUGGAGUAGCUCAGCAGGUCAGGCAGCAUCUCGAGAUCAUGGACAUGCAACGUUUCGGAUUGAGACCCUUCAUGCCUUACUCUGGCUUCACAUAUCUUGCUUUUCUGCCCCUUCUCUCACAGCCUUUUGUCUGCUUUUCAUCUCUGGCCGUUGUCUACGUGUCUAUUAAAACCCCUCACUUGUAUGUAUCCAUUUAUGCCUGGUUUUGUCCUGUCUUCACUUCUUUUCUGGCUUUCUCCCCCGUACUACAAUCAGUCUGAACAAGGGUCCCGACCCGAAACGUCACUCAUCCACGUCCUGCAGUGAUGCUGUCCAAUUUGCUGAGUUACUGCAGCAGUUUGUGACAAUAACAACUUGUAUUUAAAUAGCACACA